GAAAUAAAGAGGUUUUUAUGAGUUUUACUUUACCUGAAUUACCAUACGAUAAAACAGCUUUGGAGCCUUAUAUAUCUGCAAAAACCUUAGAUUUUCAUUAUGAUAAGCACCAUAAAGGAUAUUUAAAUAAACUCAACGAGCUAGUUGAAAAUACAGAUUAUCAACAUGUAAAAAUUGAGGAAUUAAUAACAGAAGUUCAUGGUAAUAGCAGCAACUUGCCUAUAUUUAAUAACGCAGCACAAGUUUGGAACCACACUUUUUAUUGGAACUCAAUGAAAAAAAAUGGUGGUGGUAAGCCUAAAGAUAGUAGUCUUUUAGCAAAAAAAAUUCAGGACGAUAUCGGUGGCUUUGAUAAAUUUUAUGAAGAAUUCUCCAACCAUGGAGUAAGCCAGUUUGGCAGUGGAUGGGUAUGGUUAGUGCUCGAAAAAGGUAGGUUAGGAAAGCUCAAAAUCACCAAGACUCCAAAUGCAGAUUUGCCAAUAAUUUAUGGCCAAGUGCCACUACUCACUAUGGAUGUGUGGGAGCACGCCUAUUAUUUAGAUUGUCAAAACCGUAGAAUUGACUACAUAAAAGUUUUCCUUGAUCAUUUAAUUAAUUGGGAUUUUGCAGAAGAGAAUUUAAAAAAGAACACAUAAGAUGAAUGUACCCCGGGUAACAAAAUUAGAUAAUGGUCUGCGCAUAAUAACUGAGCAGGUGCGUGAUAUUGAUUCCGUAGCUUUAAGCAUACGAGUUGGUGUUGGCAGUAGAGCAGAAAGUGCAAAGCAAAAUGGAAUAUCCCAUUUUUUAGAACACAUGGCUUUCAAAGGGACGAAGACAAGAACUGCCUUUGAAAUUGCAAAAGCUUUUGAUGACAUAGGUGGGGUUUUCAACGCCAGCACUGGUAGGGAAAGCACCACCUAUUAUGCAAAAGUCCUCAAGAAAGACAUCAAAACUGGUAUUGAUAUACUAAUAGAUAUAUUGAUGAAUUCAACAUUUCCAGAAGAUGAAUUGGAGCGUGAGAAGGGCGUUGUAAUACAAGAGAUUUUUCAAACUAAUGAUUCACCAAGUGACAUUGUUUUCGAUAAAUAUUUUGAGGCAGCUUAUAAAGAUCAACCUUUCGGCAGGUCAAUCUUAGGCACGCAAGAUACUGUAAAAUCUUUUACUCGAGGAGAUCUAGAUAAUUACAUAAAUGAGCAUUACUUUGGCGAGAAUAUGCUAUUUGCCGUUGCAGGAAAUGUUGAACAUGAAGAAGUUGUUGCAUUAACCAAAGAUUUUUUCUCAAAGAUUCAUUCUAAAAAGCUGAAAAAAAGCCAAAAUGCGACGAGCCACACUGGUGGUGAGUAUUUAGAACAUCGUAAAUUAGAUCAGGUGCACUUGCUAAUUGGUCUACCUAGUGUUUCUCGCCAUGACGAUAAAUAUCACACGUUUCAAGUGCUUGAUUCUAUAUUAGGGAGCGGAAUGUCAUCACGUUUAUUCCAGGAAGUAAGGGAAAAGCAGGGAUUAGCUUAUUCUGUUUAUUCAUUUAAUUCCAGCUAUACUGAUACAGGAAUGUUUUCCAUUUUUGCUGGUACAGACAGUAGUAACUUAGAUAAGCUUUUAAAAUCUAUAACGACAGAGUUGAAGAAGUUGUCUACAGAUGAUUUGAGGGAAGAAGAAGUAAAUAGAGUGAAAGAGCGAGUAAAAUCCCAAAUUUUAAUGUCACGCGAAAGUGUGAGCUCACGUGCUGAAACAUUGGGGCACUACUACGGUAACUAUAAUAGGUACAUCAGUAAAAAUGAAUUAAUAGAAAAAAUUAGUGCAGUUACCACUGCUAACGUAAAAAAAGCAGCAGAAGAAUUAUUAUCUCAGCAUGAAAAAGCCACUCUAGCUGCAAUUGGAGAAAUUAAGUCACUGCCAAGUUACGAUAAAGUGGUUUCUAUGCUUAAAGCUUAGUGUAUUCUGU